AUGAAGCCGACGGACUUUGGCAAGGCCAUUGGCAUAAACAAGCCUGCCAACGUACAAGCCAAGAUCAGGAAAUGGCAGGCCGAGCUCGACGCUCCGUCCACCAGCGACGCCGGCGCACCUGUCGAUGAUGCAGUUCCAGCUCCUCCUCCUCCUCCUCCGGCAACAGCACCAGUCGAGGAAGUAAGCUCGCCAGCUUCUCCGGCCCUUCCCACCACGCCGAAAACGAAAGCAAUCGACGUGAAGAUUGUGAGCCCCAAGCCCGUACACACGCCGAGCAAGUCGACAGAGGCGCUGCUUCCCGAGCAGCAGCAGCGGCCCAAGAGCGCGAAGAAGCAGCAGCCGACGCAUAAUAAAUUGGACGAGGAGGUGCAGGUCGCGACUGCGCCCAAGAAGAGGGUGAUCAGCGAUUCACACUGGCGGACGCAGAAGUCACCGCCUAAAGAUGGCUCGAACCGUCCGUCGCCCAAGCCUGUGCCUACGGCGUGGGUGCGGCCGUCCGUUCGCAAGUCUACGGACAAGUCGGAUUCGAAGCCUACCGUCGCAAAGCCCUCGGUCCCGUUCAAGCCAGACCAGAAGCCAAUGAUCAUAUUCACACCCAAGGGCACGGGGCAGAGGGUUCGCAAUGCGAGGCAGAGGAGAUACUCGGGAGCAUCCAGUUCUGGGGAUGAAAAGCGGCCGGUGAGCAGUGGAUCUGGAGGCGGCAAAGCUGCGAGACUGGUCGAGCAGGCGGAAGCGGCAAUAGUAUCUCCGCCAAUGUCGGCGUCGAAGGUGGAAGCUGAGUUGGUGAGGAUACGGCGGCGGAGAGCUCGGACUGGCAUGUCUCCGAGGAGCUCGCUUUCCGCAGACGAUGCCACACCUAUCAAAUUGGCACCCAGGAGAAAGUCGGAGGCCAUACCGAUCACGAGUUCCAGGAAUGACCCGCUCAACCAGAUCACGGUGGAGUUCGAUGAAGCCAACUCUGAUUCAGUACGAGAGACGGAUAUCCGGGAACGACGGAGGAGACGGCCCAGGAGGGAACGUCCACAAUCUUCACCAGAAAACCUGCCCAGAGCGCUCUCCGCCGAGAGAGCACCUGCAGAGAGGAUACCCGUAGAGAGGAAACCCACAGAGAGGAGGCGAUCCCGCCGGAAAUCCCAGGAGAUCAGCCUCGAGGAUGACAAGCCUUCACGGUCUGCAGAGCCAGAAGCCGCCGAGACAACUCCUAAAAUGUUUGGGAGCCGCCUGGAAGCAUGGCUGAAUACCACUCCAGAUCCAUUCGUGGACGCGGAUUCGCGAACGCGGAGGCAUUCGAAAGAGUCGGUUUCAACCAAGGAGUCAGUAUCUACGCUGGAAUUAUCACGUAAACCUGAGAAAUCCGAGGUCAGCGCUUCGACAGAUGUGAAAGAUCCACCCCCAGAAGUGACAAUACAGCGCAAGAACAGUCGCAGGAGAAAUAGACGGACCAGGAGCCCGAAGAAUCAAGUCGAAUCACCAGAAGCUCGAGAGCCGGAGGAAGCACCGUCGACUGUGAUCUCUACGGAGGCCAGCGACGUGUCUCUACCUAAGAGGGACACCGAUAUAUCGUCCAGCCCCACUCUGCGUCGUCGUGGCGCCCGUCGCAAGAGCCAGCAUUCACUGUCGAAAGAGCGAGCCGCUUCUACACCCAUUCAAGCAUCCACCAUUUCAGCGGAUGACACAAUAUCGUCUGCCCCCUCGUCAUCUGUUGACCCCACAAAUAUGGAGCUUGAAAAGAUUUCAAUGAGGCCUCGCCCUGAUACUGUUGCUAUGCGUCGCAUGUGGCCACCAUCUGGCAAGCGCCUUUCAACGAUCGUUUCCGUAGAGACCUUUGCAGCCAAAACGCCAGCGGCUGCGCCUUCUGAAGUUAUAGGAUCAGAGGUCACCGAGACUGCCUCUGAAAGUAUAGAUUAUUAUGACGAUGUGACUGCCUCGGAGGUUACGGACCAAUUCAAUACGGAUACAAUCACAACGAUCAGUCGUAGGAGCACGAAACGCAGUAGAAUGGCGAGCCACGCUGAUUUGAUGUCCGUGCUGUCACUUCCCAAGGCAGGCACGAAGAGCAUCGUGUCCACACGCAGCAUUCGCACGAACAGGAGCCGCCUCGCUACUGCCACGAUAGAUGAUAUCAUGAACGAGCUUGCUUCCGACGAGAGAAAGUACAUGCGAGAGCUUCGCACGCUCGUCGAUGGAGUAAUUCCCGUUCUCCUCAGUUGUGUACUAUCUAAAUCAGACUCUGCAGUUGCAGCCGGUCUAUUCAGUCGAUCAUCGAAGACCGAUCCUACCAAAGUCACACAACCCAUUGUGGACAUGGGUGUCUCUCUAGAACGUCUGAAAAGCCUACACAGGCGCGUCCCUAAAGACACUCCAGAAGCUUUCUUGCCCUGGGCGCAGAGCGCGCAGCGUAUCUACGACGACUAUAUCAAGGUUUGGCGAUUAGGUUUUGAAGAUGUCGUAGUCAAUCUUGCGCCAGCGGACGAGGAUCCAUUCAAACCUGCCAAGGUUGUCCAAGGACCCGAAGAUGCUGCCCCUUGGGAUGAAGGCCUUCCCCGUGAUUCUGAAGGCUAUGUCAUCAACGCUGAUGGUGACCGAGUGGAUGUUGCAUAUAUGCUGAAGCGACCGUUGGUGCGGCUGAAGUAUCUGGCCAAGACCUUAAGGGGAAUCAAUCAUGUCAAGCCGAGCGAGCAGGCCGAGAAGAUGUCUGUUACGUUCCAGGACCUGGUCACUGCGGCUCGAAAGCGUUCCAACGAUGAGCGUGCCCGAUUGGAAGACGAGGCAGCCGCCAACAUUGACCCGACACGCGCACGGGACCCACGUAGUUUGGCACCCCUCGCAGGUGUUCGCAUAGAUGCUUCUCGUAAUGUUCGAGCAAGAGAUUACUUCGACUUGCACCUGCUGCAUUCUAGCGGGCAAGAGAUCAAUUGUCGCGUUGAGUUGUUACUCCGUGACAAUAUGCCAGGCACAGGUAACGGCGGAGAUGUUCUCGUCUGUGAAGUCGAUUCAACUGGCCGAUGGCUUCUCUUCCCUCCAAUCCAACUCAACCGCAUCUCUUCCAGGAACGGCGACCUCCAGGGCGAGAUCAUCAUCAUGAUUCGCGGAUAUCAUGCUGACGGUACCGAGUGGAGUGAGAUAUCUUCUUUGACAAUUGACGAUGAGCAGGCUGGAUUUGAGUGGGUCCAAAUGCUCGGCUUGCAACCUAUUCCACCACCAAUAUCUGACCUAAAGCGCGAGGAGAGCUUCAUACAUAAACCCGCACGCCCAAGCAGCAGCCACGCAUCCUCCUCCCUUGUCUCAGCUGCGACAGGAUCAACACCUCCCCAGAAGAGCCGCACCCCUAGUCCGCAUGAGAUCGAGAUCCCGAUGGGAGAACAAGCCAAUUCCACAUCCAAGCAAUGGAGUCAUGAUACCCCAGAUCGACGACCCAAGUCAUCUAGUACAUCACCAGUUACGCCACCAAGUGGUGAAUUGGUUGUGCGAAGGAGAGUUCGCACAGGCUCAGCUGCCUCACCCCUCGAAACUCCCCUCAGUCUGGAAAUCGCACGCACGCCUACAAGAUCUAGAACUCACGAUCACGAUGAUGACACUGAGCGAACGCCGCGAGGUCUAAAUGAGGCAUUGAGGCAGGCUGGAACCAGCUCCCCGACUGGUCUCAAACGCACGAAAGCGAAGCGCAUGUCUAAGAACCUUUCCCCCUCGCCAGCCCCAUCGCCACGACCGUCAAGACAGAUUACUGUUGAUGACCCUAUCGAGGAUGCAACUCCUGUAAGAAGAAAGACUAAGCGCCGGUCUGCUCCACCCGCUCACUCAUCGGCAUCCACGGUGUCUCAGUCAAGCAAGGGUUAUAGUGUGUGGUUGCCAACAUCAGAAGUUGAAUAUUCCGAUGGAUCCGAUAAAUCAGAAGAUUCCGAGAGUGACCGAUCUUUUACUGAAGAGCCAGAGCCAGUUCGUCCUCAAACCCAUCGACGAGUCUCUUCCGUCCCAUCAAUGGACCUUCCGUCCAUUCCAAGACUGAGGAAAACAAGCCAGCCUACCACCCCAGUCAAAGCAUCGCAUGACGAGGACCCCGUCAAGGUGCCAGAGCCGCCCGCAUCCGCACCGCCUAAACUCAAGCAAGCUGCUGAGCCACUUCACGAAGAUUCUGAGAUUACUGAGGAUGGCGAUGAACCACCGCCUGUACCACCUCAUCGAUCGCCAAGUCAAUCAUCGCCAGUCACACUCAAGGGCUCCAACACUCCAGUAUUGACACCAUCCCUACCAGGAUACAAGACUAAGCGUCGAUCUUCCUCGCCCCUGAAGCAUGAAUAUGAGCCGUCUACCUGCACCGAGUCAUCGAGCGAGAGCGAGGAAAUUUCAGAUGAUCAUUCUCUUACGUCGGACUCAUCGGAGGGCGAGCUUGACGAUGAUGUGCCAAUGCCACUCAGGCCUCGGCCCCAACCAAAGACCGAGCCAAAGACCGAGCCAAAGGUUUCACCUCCUUCGACUAUUUACACUAUGCCCAAUGGCACCAUCACCCCGUCUCAGUCUGCUUCAAACACCCCAUACCGAGCAGUACCUCCAGGCUCCGGCCAAGCUACGAAGGCCAUUGCUUCAAUCUUUUCAUGGUCAGAUGCCGGUAAAUGGGACAGUUUACAUCAUGAGGAGUGCAGCAUUGUUGUAACUCCAGGAAAGGUUGAGGUCUUUGAAAUUAGCUCCAUGCAUUCCAAGCCUUUCAUGGCAGACGGCGACGAAAUAAUACAACCGGAAGGCAAAGCCCCUCUCGUUGCCGUUGAACUAACUCCUCUAGUCCCUAUGCGUAGAUCCACUGGCAUUGAUAUCACAAUUCGCUCCCCACCUACCGCUGAAUCGCGCAUCAAGAGCGGCAACAACAUUAUGCUUAGGAGCCGCAACCCAACUGAAUGCGCGCAACUAUACGCUAUGAUCAAUCAGUCACGCAUUAACAACCCUACUUACCUCGCGCUGCAACAAGCGCGUGGACCGUACGGCCAAUCAAGCUGGGCCGAGGCGAUGGAUCGUCAGAAUGCUGCUCGCGCUCAGGCAGAAUCAUCUAGCGGGUGGUUUGGUGGCAGUCUUGGACGCAGAAGCUCUUAUAGAAAGACAACUACCCGUGCUGCUUCCAUCUCUGCCGCAACUGAAUCAUCCGUGGGCACGAUGAACACAGCCCUAAAGAGCGCCCUCGGAAGAUUCAGCUUUGGAAGAAAUAGCCGCUUCAGCAAUAGACAAUCUAUGGCAUCUCGAAGCAUCGGUAGCUUUGACUCAGGGUCAAAUGGGUCCGGCUCCGGAACAAGUACCCCCAACGGAGAUGCCUCCAUUCGUGCACCGGGCGCUCCAGCCGGCAUCACCAAUACAAAGUGUCGUCUUUAUGAGCGCGACAGAUUCUCUUCGAAAUGGCGUGAUAUGGGCGCAGCCCGUCUCACCAUCAUGCUUCCAGAUCCCAUGACAAUUCAAUCGAUAACGCGACAAGGCAAAGGUAGUCCUGGAACCCGCGAUCCGACCCAAGAGAAGAGAAUCGUUGUCGUGGGCAAGUCGAAGGGCGAGACGAUGCUGGACGUGACACUGAACGAAACGUGCUUCGAGAGGAUUGCCCGCUUGGGCAUCGCCGUCAGCGUGUGGGAGGAUGUUGUAGGUGCCAAUGGCGAGGUCGGGCACGCGGCGAAGACAGGUGGGGUGGGUGGUUCUCGUGCAAGAGUCUUCAUGAUCCAGAUGAAGUCAGAGCGCGAAUGCGCUUACUCCUUUUCACUUCUUGGAAAGCUCCGAUAUUAG